UAAUAUCCUGGAGGGAGAUGCUAUCUACGCCAGCGGUGACGUCUGACUUCUGAUUGAUUUACCACUAAAAUUCAGGCUAUGCUGUAGCAAAUAGUUACGUAGGCGUCAAGUGACGCCAAAUGAUUUGAGAUGUCAUUAUACUGACUGAUAAGGGAGAGGCGCCAAAGGAUUUGGAAAUAACAGUACCUGUAAAUCGAGGAAAUUGUGUCAAAUGGAAAGGUGGCGCCUUUUGAUAAGAGUGCUUAUCUUAAAACCAGCGUACGCAACUAAUUAAAGCCUGGGCUACAUCAGUUUGCCGAAAGCGACUGACAGAGUAAAGUAGAAUUAUACCGCUCGUCUUCGUUAUUAUAAACUAAUGCUGUGCGGACGGAAAUAAUGUAACUGGUAAAAAGCGUAAAAGUCAUUGGCAAGUGGUAACGGGAUAUCCAGCGGUUCUCGAUAAAGAGCAGAGGAAAGCCGCUAUCAAUCGUUUAACAGGAAGUUGGUAUAGUGGCGUGUAGUAGGUAAAACGGAGUUUAAAUCUACGCCGCGUUUUCUACGAGUUUUCUUUCUCCGCAGACAUACGUUGACUCGACCCGAGCGUACGUGAACCACAACACGUCCUACCCGAGCUUCUGGAACUGCGUCAUCGUUUUCCUACUCGUGCAUUAUUUCCCGUUAUCUCGACCGAAAGUUGGGGAGAGUCCCGCGCGUAGUAGACGUGAUUUCCAUUGACCGCGAUCGGAUCAAGUCUCUGGGCAUCAUGGUGCGUUUUUCACGGUAAUUAGCGCUUGACGUAUUCAUCGGGCUAACCGUCAACGCUUCGAUGAUGCUAAACGCGUUUGGAAUAUCAGCGAUCAUUUGGAAUAUAAUCGUUGCUCGUGACUGGUUCUCUCGAGAUUAGCAUCUUUGGUCGUCGGUUAGCGCGUUUGUCAAAGCGCAGGCGCUUUUCGUUACCUGUUGAAAGGCUAUUGUAAAGGGCAUGCAGUUUAUACCUGAAGUGGCCUUUACUUCGGGGACGACCGGUAUCAUCUUUCCAAUCAUUUUCCUAGCCAGUAAACUAAUCGUUUCUCCGGUAAAAUUGUUCCGUGACGAACACGGCUAUUUACGUUAACAUUCGUGACGACGAGAGCAUGAUCCGCGUGCACUAUCAAUGAUGCACCGAGACCAAAAGUCAGAGUAUACUUCUCGGUAAUUAGAGAGUAAGAUAAUAGUAAUUUAUUGAUUCAUUCUACAAUAACGUGAAAUUAACGUGAAAUCAUUGAUGCGUCAGCACGCGAAAGAUGCAAUGAACCGGUAAAGGUUCGAGACUCUUGGAUAAUCGCUCGUUCUGCGUUUCCUUGAAAACUACGACACGCAGGCAUUCACCGGGAACAACUUUUAUUUCGAUUAACAUAAAUCUUGUUCGUUCAUCGAACGACUACAAAUGAAAAAACUUUCACCGAAGUGCACGAUGACGCGUAAAUGCGGGUGACGUUCAAAGACCGAGAGCAGACCGUCACGAGAUAUAUACAUAGACGAACCAACGAGCAACGACAGUGUCCAAGCCGGAAGUCAUUCAGUCGUUUACAACGCGUACGAGUGCGCUGACAAUGUCGCACUUACGUUAGCAGCCCAUUUAUACGUGUGUGAAGCUUAUACAACAACAUUAAGCUCGCGCGACUGAUCUGCAUCGCGCUCUCGCCUUUUUCCACGUUCGAAGGAAACCACGAACAGUCUUGCAUUAGCUUGCGUAAAUAGCAGGAUCGAGGGAAAAGGAUCCGUUCGCUAUUGACCGUCGCUACGAAAGGAUCGACAGAGGCGCGUCUCGACAGACUUCUUUUGCCAGCCGAUUUUUUACAAGUGUCCAGUGUUUCAUAAUGUGUCGCGUGAAAAUUUAUCGUUCUACCAUCGGCUCGGAAACGGUGCUACGUACGUGAACGUUGUUCCGGGGGAAAUACUUCGAAAUGACUGUUCAACCACAAUCGUGACGAACAUGGGGCGAUACGAAACGAACGAAUCGUUUGACAAGAAAUAAAUGUUUGUUUUACGUCUGCUACGACGCGAGUAAUGACACCGUUAUUCAUCCGUGAACCGUGAACGAGCGAUAGUGCAUGAAAUGACUCCGAUUUAACGCGAAAAUUGUACCAGCCGAUUCAUAGUGACGCAUAACGUUUAAGGGAAUCAUCGUGAGUUCUAAAGGACACGUUCGAUUUCUUUGAAUCACAACCUUGCCUAGCGUGAUGUUGAAAAUUUGGACGGAAGAAUUUUUAUCUACUAUACUGAGGUUGGAUCCAAAGUUUAUUGCACUGCACUGCCAAGAAGUGGGUGGAAAAAAUUAUGAACAAAGUAUGAGACAUGUGGAGGACUUUGUUAGAUUACUGAUGUCGUCUGAGGAAUUAAGGCUGUUUGACAAAAUUAGGGUAUUCUUAGAUGAAGACUAUUCGUCUGCUGAACAUUUUACGGCACUUGGAAAUUUCUACUUUGUGCAUGAAUCUUUAAAAGAAGUUCUAUUAUGGGACUUUAAAGAAUGUACUUUUAUACCAGUAAAUGGAAAAGAGGUUCAUUCCGGUAAUAUCGAGGCAGUCACGACCAAAGAAAAAGCAAAGUUUCCUCAAGAAUUUUUUCCAGAAUGCAAAUGGUCUAGAAAAGGAUUUCUAAGAACACGAUGGAGUAUUAGUGGAACAGUUUUUGAUCUCAUAAAUAUACACUUAUUUCAUGAUGCUAGUAAUUUCAUUGCUAUGGAAACGUUUCCAUCCGUAUACAGUAAAACACGUAGAAGAGCGCUCGAGCAUACGUUAGAUAGGUUUCAUAAUGAUAAAUAUCCAAAUGUACCAUACUUUUUAUUUGGGGAUUUUAAUUUUAGAACGGACACAGCUAGUGUAAUUAAAAAACUUACAGAAGAUACUCAAGAAACAAAGUUAUCAAACAAAGGAAGCAUCUCGAAAUUGCAAUUUCACAAUAAAGACGAUGAUCUCAUAUUAACAUUAGGAAAAAAAGAAUUCUCUCAUUGCGAGCAUCAAAAUGUUUUUAUGCAAAAUGGUGGACAAUGGCUACGUGAAUAUGACAGAGAGCUGGAAGACUUUGAUGGAAGAUUAUAUGAAUUUCCAAUUAAAUUUGUGCCCAGUUAUCCCUUUGAGGAGGAUAUCAAUGAGGGUUCGAAUUACAUGCAAACCAGAGUACCGGCUUGGUGCGAUCGUGUUCUUUUGAGUACCACGGCUAAACUACUAGUCGAAGAUAUAUCAUCACCGAAUGCCGUGGAAUAUGGAAUAAUAGGACCGACAACUUGCAUGGGUGAUCACAAGCCAGUCUACUUGAGGGCUAGUCUCAUCUUGGACGAAGGUAUGAUAAAUUGCUGCCGCUUGCCGAGUGCGCCUGAGUUCUGCUUUCGAGUGCCAGACAAUUACGUGGAAUUGUUAUCCAUGUUGCCUGAUUACAGUAGUUGCGUUAGCGAGCGGCUCAAUUACAUGGACCGUUCGACUAAUUUGUUGCACGCAGCACCUAUCAAGCAUGAUCCUUACACCCCGGAUAGUAUGGACAGUCCUAGUCCAAACGCUGUCAUGACAGCCUCUGCUGAACUUCCGGACGUAGAUUUAGACAACGCCAACAACUCGUCCACGUUGUACUCCGCACAACCAUCGAACACUGUGAGACGUAUGGACAGAGCCGUGUCGCCCGCUCUUUUGAAAUCUAAAUUGGAACUGAUCGUGCGAAACAAGAAAGAAGAGAUAGAGACGGACCAAGAGACGACAGACUUCAAACGAAGUCCCAGCGAUUGUUGUCUACACUCUUGGCAGAACCCAGAGGAACAGUGGAACGUGAGAACGAACAGGUGCAACAGUGACGUGUCCUGGCAAAGGUCUCAUCUACUGACCGAAGCAUGGGUUCAGGGUAAAGGACAACAAGGUUACCAUUCCUUCGGUGAAUUCGUCAAUCGAUCGUCCGUAGGUUCAACGUCUCCGGACGGUGUCGAAGGUUUACCCUCCGACCUGAUUAUACCCAGAAUAUCGAUCAUCAACGCCAGCAAUUUUGAGUCAAACGAGAGCUCCGUGUAUUUACACGAUGAUAAGUAUAACAAUUACUCGGAGAACAAGCUGAGCGUUUACUCGGACGAUCAGACGAAGAGUUUAAGCGGCGAGGCGUUCAGUUCAGAAAAGUCGGACGAAACGUGCGAGAAAAUUCUUGAUGAGAACAACAGACUGAGUUCGAACACGAAUAAGAUUGCAAUCGACGAAAACGUGUACCUACGAAACAUAAGUGAACUUAUAACGAGCCAAGAUAAGAAUUCGAUGAUGGUUAGUACAAACGUCUUUCGAAUGGGGAGUAACAUAGACCAAGAUAAGAUGCUCGAGGCGAAAGAACAGCGGUUGAGCGAAAUUAUAGACACCUUGCAGAUCAUGGAAGACAAUAAUAGCAAAAAUCGAUGCGUGCUCCUACCGGUUGAGGCCGUCGAUGAGUCUAGUAUUAAAAGUAGAAACGUAAUUUUGGAAAAUCCUGUGAACGAUCAGACUUCUGAAGUAUUAAAGUACACGCGAACGGAACAGAUAGAAGUUCAUCCCAUGGAAAAUGAAGCGGACAAGCUUUCGGGAAGAGAACCGAAAGAAACGGGGCAGAACGUUAAAAGUAGCGAAGAAAUUUUGAGAUGCGACGGUAAAAACGAGACGGUGAUCAUGCAGCAGAUCACGAGAAGUAACUCUCUACAAAGCCAGGAUAUCAGCGACAGCACAGGAAACCUGAAAUUAAAAUUAAAAGCGUAUCAAGUGUCGGAAAGGUGUAAGCACAAUAUAGCCGAGAAGAAAAGCAGAUGCCAAAAAUGUUGUUGCAUAGUGUCGUGAGAAGACACUUAGACCUUAAUGUUCCUUAUUUAUUUUCCAUAGUCAUCGCAUACACAAGUAUCACGUACCAAUUAGACAUAAGCGAAAUGUCGAAUUAUCAGAAACAUUUCAGCUAUGCUGUAAGAACCUUGCUAUCGUAAUAUUUUCUAUCGAAGAACUGACCACUUCAAUCAGAAAUUCAAAGAACGCAAGAUUUAUUACCGACAGAAUGGUUGGAGAAAUUUCUAGUGGUGCUUAUUUUUCUUAAAUUUAUGCGAGAUUUAUGUACCUCGUAAAUCCGUCAUUUCGUAAUAACUUGUUAGAAAGAAAUCCUAUGAUUACGAUACUUAACACGUUCUAUUUGUUUUUCUGUUGUACGUGUUAAACGAGUAACUUAGGAGAAAGCGGUACUUCUAUAGUCACUUAAAACUUACGAUCCCGCUUAUGCUAAACCGAGUAGCGCCUACUUCGUACCGCAUGAGACUUUCCAAUUGUUUCCUGCAUGUGCACGAUACGUCCUAAUAUUCUCGUGUCACGUGAAUUUCGUUCGUUUAGCGUGUAUGUUGUGAACGGUAAAAUUAUAUAUAUUUUCACAUUCUAGAUGCGCAGUUGACUAAGCAGUAUAUAUCGUUGUUAUAUAGCAAUGUGUUACGUUGCGUAGAAUUCACGAAUUCGAAGCAAUCGAAUGACUGUAUUUAGUGAACGAACAAUACGAUGUAUUCAGAAAUUAGCAUUAUCACAGUGUACAUAACUGAGCUGCAAAAAACGGUGAAUCGCGUUUUAUCCUUAUUUUAUGUUUCGCGAUUAUUUUAAACAAUAAGUAGAAUUAUCUUGUUAUACGGAUUACAAAUUUUAAUUUUCACUGAUGAAUCGAACAACUCGGUUCUAUACGAUUUCUUCUAUCAUUCUCGUUCGAGCCUCGUUUUCAGACGCUUGUCGCGGGAAUUCCAUCCAUUUUUGCAUUUUACUAGAAUUUACGAUAUGGAUAAUAUUUUUGAACAAAUCUUUCAAUUUCUCUCCAGCUUUCCGACCAUUUAUUUUACAUUAAUGACACUUUCAUAAAUUCAGUUUUGUUCAAAAUAUGUUCAUUCAAGUCGUAAGAUCUUUGUAUGCAUCGUAUCCUUGCCAAAUUUACUGUGUCCUAUAGUAAUAUAUUUAAAAAAACGCGCGCGUAAAGUAGUACGCUUGCGCAUGUUGAGUGCAUAGGUAAAUUAGUGCGCUUGCGCAUAUUUGAACGCGCGCAUCUAUUGUCCGACGCGGUUGGACCCGACUGCCAAAGCUAAUUUCCUUUUAGCGAUAAGGAAAAAGAUAUUAACUUAUAUUAGCGAAUUAUUGUCAUUUAAGAAAUUAACGCUAUGCUCUAUUUCGCUUUACGUUCUGAUGCUUGAACGAAAGCUUUCCUACUUAUUCGAGUAACACGCUAUCGCGUACAGUAAAGAAGAGAAAUAAUUAUAUAAAGAUACAUAGCGUCUUGAUAAAUUGUAUUUUCUUAGAAUGUGGACGUACUUCUUAGUCAGUAUCGUUUAACAUAGACUAGUUCAUGUCUAGAUGAACGUAUACGUUCGUGUCUUGCCAAAAAAGUUACACGCAAUACGAAAAAUAAUGAUACGACAAAAAUAAGAUUAAGUUCACGAUUUUUCCCUUAAACGAGCUAUAAGUUCAAAACACUGCGUUCGUAGGUACUUAUAGUAAGUAUAGCUUGUAACUUUCAUUUCAUCGGGCAAACUUCACGUCUUUGAAUCAGAGCGAUGAAAAUCACAGCUUCAUGCAAUCGAUUUAUCAUGCAUUUGAUUCUGAUCCUACUAUGCUUACGAUUUGUAAGAUAAUCAUUUAGUAAUUAUUUUUUUGUCGUUUGUAAAUAUAAAUUUAUUUUUAAUACAACCGAA